GGACUACAUGCAUGCUAGCUGGUUCGAUGCCCAGAACUGAAUGCUGUGCUCCAGCUGUGGUCUCACCGGUGCUGACUAGAGAGGAAGAGCCACCUUCAUAGCUUACAUGUGAUUCCUCUGCCUAGACAACCCAAUACUGGAUUUGCUUACUUUGGCAAGAUAGCUGCAUUGUGCACUGUAUUUAAUGUUACGUGUACUGUAACCCUGGGUCUUUCUCUGCAUUGCUGCCGUCAAACCUCAGUCCUGCCAAUCUAAAAGUCCUGCCUUUGUGUACCCGCCCUCUUCCCCAUAGACCCCCCCCCCCACAUUCAUUCACAACGGAUGUCAUCUUUUUACUCUCUAAUUCCCUUUUACUUUAAUCUUAAACUCUGGCAAGACUUUCACUCUGUCCUAUAAAUUGUCAGCUGUCAGCCCCCUCCCUCCCCGCUUUGGGAAUGGAGCACCCCAGAAGCCUUUUCUCUAGUUCUUUUCCAUUUGUAGUCCUGUAACCCAAGCAUUUGGUAUGGUGGAUUCAUAAGCUUUCACCUGGUGUCUGUGAGUCAGGUGCUGGGAAUAACUCUGGUUGGCCCCUGAAGUUCUUGCCUUGCUUAGUCUAGAUUUCCUCAACUCCUCGGGACCUCUGUCUGGGUGGAUAGUAUAGUUUUACAGCCCCUCCUCCAGCGAGGAGAAGCAAAUGGACUGCCAACUUAAUAGAGAGAUUCCUAAUAGACAGAAAGAAGUUAACUAUUGUCGUUUAAUAGAAUAGCCUUUAGUUUUUAAGUUUUCCAGUAGAGAUCAAUUUGCUAUACAUUUCUGACGUGAGUGAGGUAAAUGAAGGAAGUGAAGCAAGAUUUUUUUAAUGUUAAGUAGGCUGUGGUUCACCGGGAAAGCCAAAAUGUGUAUCUUGUUGGAUUUGGUAGCUUACUGCAGGUGGGAGCUGCAGCCUCGUUUUCCUGGACUCUGGAGCAUCCUGAUGCCUGAUUUAGAGAAGGGUUUGUUUAGGAUUGUUGAUACAGCCGCCCAGUCUUUUAAUUAUAUGCUUUGAUUAAGCAUUUGGAGGAUAAUGUAUUCUAUAAUCUUUUCUGUGGGUGGUAAGAAUUGGAAGGUCUCCAAAUGUCCUUUUUAUCUGUGUCUGAGCUCUCAAAGUGAAUCCUAGUGGGUCUUAGGGUAGCAGUUAAGACACCUCAACCCCUCCCCACACCGUCUUAGUGGAUGUUCCCUGUUUAAACAGACUGUCCUUGAGUUUUGGGCAUUAUCAGACCUACAAGGUACUGUUUACAUGUAUUUGUAUCUUGAAGGAGAGAAAGUUGAUUUGAAAAUUUUAAUUUUAGUGCCAUUUCAGUACAUCAGAUUAUUAUCAUGGUUUUAGACAUCACUAAACACCUGGUAGAUGUCAGCACAUUGUAAGCAUGUGUUGCAGGUGUAUAUUACAACUAAGAGGUGUGUAUAGCUGCCAGAGACUGCUGAUUUUAGUAUUCGCAACUACAUAACCAAAGGAAAUUAUAAGCUCAGUUUGGUGGCUUUGAAGAAUGUCCUUUCUCUGGUUCCUCCCCAUGCAUAUUAUCAAAAUUUGGUGAACUUAUUUUUGAUCAAGAGAACGAAAGUUUGCAAAUAUAGGAAGAAAUUCAUAGAUGUGCUUGUGCCUCUGUCACUUCCUCAUAAGUACGGUGCCUUUCUAAAAGGAAACGUUAGUUUUGUUCCUUAGCUUCUGGAGUAGCCCUCUGUGACAGGGCCAGUCAACUGGACUUUGGUGUUCUGUAGGCAGCCAGUAAGUAGUGAGACCAUCUCCAUUUAUGGUCUCAGAAGAGGGAAAGGGACAGGACUGGAACUCUCUAUUUACAGUCCUUAGGAAUCAAGAGUGGUUGGGGUGUUCUUGGAGGCAGAAACUAGGCAUUGUAAGAUAAAAAUAAAUUGUCAGGGGCUGUUUGCAAUUCAAAUUCCUAUCUCUGAGGAGGGCAGAGGGUGCUGGGAAAGGGGGGUAUGUCCAGAGUCAAGUGAGAUUUGCAGUGCUUGUCUCUUUCCUUUGGGAGAUUUGACCAUGACACGCAUUUUCCAAGUUUAUGUUUCUGGAUUAUUCUAGAAAGUUUUGUUAUGGGGUCAUGAUUCUCUGUUGCAAAAAGAAAGCUGAGAUGACUUUCAAAGAGUUUGUGGGAAGCCUCGCUCUCUGUAAGGUACCAUUUGAGGCUGUGGGAGAGGUGCUAUGAAAGGGGUGCUGUUUGGGGGAUGACCAUGUCUCAUGCUUUUCCUAUUUAUUAUUCUUUUUGCCUGUGUGGAUUUCUGGCCUCAAGGGACAGAUUUAAAGAGUCUUUGAGGGAGUGUGGUAGACUGUCAGCUGUCAUUUAAAGGCACUGCACUCUUCAUGGAGAUGCCCUCACGACCCAGACUUGGUUUCAUUUGGUGAGAAUAGGUCAAGUAUUGGCAUAUGGAAGGCAGUCUCUCCUUUAGGAGAAUCAGAUAUUCCUGAUAACACAUAUACAUUAAGUUAGAGAUAAAUUAGUUUUAACAGUUCAGUUAGAAAAGUUAGAUUUUUGUCUCUCAAAAAAAUUCUGAGUGAAACACUAUAUAGUAGAAAAGGGAUUGGAAGGAAGAACGGGAGGCGGAGACAGGGAGAGCCUGAGCGAGACCAGAGCGUCAAGCUGAGACAAGGCCCUCGAUUCAUCUUUUGGUAGAUGUACCGAGAAAGAUAGCAGGGGGUGUGCGCCCGUCACUUCGGGACCCUGGCUAGUCUGAGAUAUGUACUGGAAUGAGAGGCCGUGAGAACUGAGAGCUGAACCAGGCCGCGUUAGCCAGGUUUGUCCUUGAGCUUGCACAAUGGUAUCUGCUGUGUGUCAGGUGACAGAGAAAGAGCAAGAUGACCGUCUCACCUCCUAGAAAGAUUGUUGGCCCUGCUUGUUGGUUUGUUUAGUUGACAAUUUCAGCUGGUAGACGAGUAAAAUGUAGGUAUUAAUGUAAUACUUACUUCUUGGUCAUUGGGUCUGACAUUGGAGACUUAGGACAUUUUUGAUUUGAUUUCUUUUUAAAUUGUAGAAGUUUUUACCAUGACAGAGUGAGUUAGUGAGGAACACAGACUCUGUAAGGGAUCUGUCUUGUUAGCUACUUGUCUAGGCAACUGUUUUCCCCUGUACUCCUUACCCAAGGGUAAGGAAGAUGUUCUUCACUUGGGGAAAUUCUUUUUUCUGUCCUUCCCUCACGUUUUCCAAAUUCUGGGCACCAUAGCAGCUCUCUCUUGUGGCAGGUGUGCAUCCUAUUGGCUGGCUGGUAUUUCUUUUUUUUCCUCCCCCUUAUCCUUUUUAAAUGGGGGAGGGGGCAUAUAAUAUGUGUAUGUGGGAAAAUGCAAUAAUGUUGUAAUGUUUCUUGUUGUUUUAAUUGAUAAUUGCAAAAUAAUUGUUUGAAUUAUAACAUGUUUGAGUAAAUGCUAAAUUAGUAUUUUUCUAAUAUAAUAAUGAAUUUGAAAUCUAGUAUUCCUGUAACAAUGUGUCUGUGUUUGUCUGUCUGUGUCUGUCUGAUAGUAAUUAAUAUCUGUGGUCCGUAUCUGGAGGAGGAAGUACAGCUUUAAAGGAAUAACAAAAGACUUUGUGUCUUAGACCCUUCGCAGGUGUUACAGUCGGGUGAAAGAACAUGGUGUUGGGAAAAGAAAGAGCAGUUACACAUUUGAACAGUUGGAACAGGUGUUUGGUCAGGGAGGAUGGGAUGCUCAGCCCUGCCAGCCUGUACUUAUUAACAGUAGUGGCUUGUACCAGGAGCUGGAGUCAGAUGGCAGCACUAUGGAGGACUAUUCACAGGAGGACUGGGGAAACCACAGUCAGGAUCUCCAUGGCUAUCCAACAGAUCAGGAAUUGGAUGAAAUGCCAGUUUCAAAGAGAACAUUAAAAAUAAAACAAGAGUCUCCUGAAGAAGCACAGAAACGAGACACCAUGCAGAAUAUUGUACAGAUUUUGGAGUCAGUACAGUUGAAAUGGGAACUGUUUCAGAGUUGGACAGACUUUUCAAGGCUCCAUCUUUCCAAUAAAUUGGCCAUUUUUGGAAUUGGCUAUAACACCCGCUGGAAAGAGGAUAUCCGUUACCAUUACGCUGAGAUCAGUUCCCAGGUGCCCCUUGGUAAGCGUCUUCGGGAGUACUUCAACUCUGAGAAGCCUGAGGGACGAAUAAUCAUGACCCGAGUGCAGAAAAUGAACUGGAAGAAUGUUUACUACAAGUUCUUAGAGAUCACCAUUAGUGAAGCGAGGUGCCUGGAGCUGCACAUGGAAAUUGACUGGAUACCCAUUGCCCACUCCAAGCCAACGGGUGGGAAUGUUGUUCAGUAUUUACUGCCAGGAGGGAUUCCGAAAAGUCCAGGUCUUUAUGCCAUUGGCUACGAAGAAUGUGUUGAGAGGCCCCUCACCCCAGAUGUCGAGCGCCAGGCCCUGGACCCAGGAAAAGAAGGCCGGGUUGGCCUGGAAACCCUCUCAGCACAAGCCUCGUUGCACGUGGAAGUAGAACCCACCCGGAUCAUCUACUGCUACCUCGGAAUCGCUGAGGUCAGGACUCUGCAGCAGUGCUUGUUUUUACAUUUCCAAGCAAAUACCAAAACCUUCAGUAAAGAGUGGGUUGGUAUUAAUGGAUUUUUGUCUCAGAACUGUAUUGUGGAUCCUGGAAUUUCCCCCAAAUCCAUCUAUAUCAAAUUUGUAGAAGUAGAGAGGGAUUUUCUUUCUGCUGGCUCAUUAGUUGAGUGUCUGGAAAAAGCCAUUGGAUAUCCCUUAAAAUUUAACAACUGAGUGUCAUCCUUCAUAAGGAUUUGGGCGUGUGCAUUCUUCUCCAUCCUUCCUGUUCCCCAGACUACCCCCAGUACAGAUGCUGCCCUCAGCCUCUCCGUGGGAACUCUGUCCACGAUGAGACCAAUGCAACAUCUCAAGCAGCAUAGCAGACACUGGGCAGAAAGGCAGACCUCACCUGAAAUGCUCAUUUCGAGCAAGCAGGUCUUGCAUGGUGGGUCAGUUCUUUUUUAAAAAAAGAAAACAUUGAUUUUUAAAUGGAUUUUAGAGCCCUGAAAUGAACAAAUGUAGGUACAUUCCAUAUUGGACAAAACUUAUACUUUGAGUUUCAUAUGAAAUUGAAAAUUGUAUUUUUUUCACAAUGUUUCAUUUUUACACAUCUCUAUAAGUAUUAUUUACAACCUUGAAUAAAUAAGCAAUAGAUAAUGACAAGUAAAUCUUGAAUCACAGUAAAUAAGGCUGUUUUUCAAUAUUACCUUUAGCUACUAUUGUAUAUAAUUUAGAGUUUCAUCUUUUUCACCAACCAAGUGUUUUGCUAUUUCCAAUCAGUGUUGCCUGCAAAGACUUUUGUUUAUGUGAUGUACGAUUUUUAUGGUUGUGUUACCAUUUAAAUUAAAAAAAAUAUUAAAGGAAUU